AUGGCAAUAUUCAACAGCACCACCUCCCUGAUGAAAGCCUCAUCAGAUGGAGCUUGGGCUGGCGACAAUCCACUCACUCACGCCUUCCCCCUUCUCCUCCUCCAAACCACCCUAGUCCUCUCCUUCACCCGUCUUCUCACCUUCCUCCUCAAACCCCUCCGCCAACCCAAAGUCAUUGCAGAAAUUCUCGGUGGAAUUUUGCUUGGGCCGUCAGCUUUGGGUCGGAACAAGGACUUCCUGCACCUAGUUUUCCCCUCAUGGAGCACUCCCAUCCUCGAAUCCAUAGCCAAUGUCGGCCUCCUCUUCUUCCUCUUCCUCGUCGGCCUCGAGCUCGAUCUCAGCUCCGUUCGCAGGAGCGGCAGGCGCGCUUUUUACAUAGCCCUGGCUGGAAUCUCUGUCCCAUUCAUUCUCGCCAUCGGAAUCACCUUCAUCCUCCGCAAAUCCGUCCCCGGUGCCGACAACGUCCCGUUUACCCACUCACUCAUGUUCAUGGGCGUCUCCCUCUCCAUCACCGCCUUCCCCGUCCUCGCCCGCAUUCUCGCCGAACUCAAGCUCCUAACCACCCAAGUGGGCGAAACCGCCAUGGCUGCCGCUGCCUUUAACGACUUCGCCGCCUGGAUCCUCCUCGCCCUGGCAGUCGCCCUCGCCGGAAACGGUGAGAGCCCGCUGACGUCCAUUUGGGUCCUCAUUUCGGGCGUCGCCUUCGUGGCUUUCAUGCUGGUUCUGAUCCGACCCGCGAUGAACUGGGUCUCCCGGCAGUGCCCGCCGGACCAGGACUUCGUGGACGAAGCCUACAUAUUUCUGACCCUGGCGGGGGUGAUGCUGUCGGGUUUCACGACGGACCUGAUCGGGAUCCAUGCGAUAUUCGGAGCUUUCGUGUUCGGGCUGACGAUUCCAAAGGGCGGGGAGUUCGCAGGGAGAGUGAUUAGGAGGAUAGAGGACUUCGUGUCGGGGCUGUUGCUGCCGCUGUAUUUUGCGGCGAGUGGGUUGAAGACGGACCUAUGGAAAAUAAGUGGGGUAGAGGCGUGGGGGCUGCUGGCACUGGUUAUAACGACCGCGUGCGCCGGGAAAAUCUUCGGGACCUUCGUCGCGGCUGCGCUUUGCAUGGUUCCGGCGAGGGAGUCGCUGGCUCUGGGUGUGCUCAUGAAUACAAAGGGGUUGGUGGAGCUCAUCGUUCUCAAUAUUGGCAAAGAGAAGAAGGUCCUAAAUGACGAGAUGUAUGCCAUUUUAGUUCUCAUGGCGCUCUUCACCACCUUCAUAACCACUCCAACCGUCAUGGCCAUUUACAAACCCAGCGGCAGCCGCACUUCCCACCACCGACCGCAUCACAAGCUCAGAGUCCUGGCCUGUGUCCACGGCCCCGGAAACUUUUCCUCCCUCAUCAACCUCCUCGAGCUAACCAAGCAUCGCUCCCCUCUCAGGCUCUACCUCAUGCACCUCGUCGAGCUCACGGCCCGACCCUCCUCGAUUUCCAUGGCCCAACGCUCUCGCAAGAACGGCUUUCCAUUCACUGGGUGCUUCCGCCGAGGGGAGCCACUGGACCAUGUGGCCGCAGCCUACGGGAAGCACAGUCGCGUAACAGUGAAGCCAACCACGGCUGUCUCGGUAUUGUCGAGGAUGCACGAGGAUAUAUGUCACGUGGCGGAGGAGAAGGGGGCAGCCAUGAUUGUAUUGCCCUUCCACAAGCAGUGGAGGUGGGGGGAGGAAGGGUUGGUGGAGACUAGUGUGGGACAUGGAUGGAAAGGGGUUAAUGAGAGGGUUCUGGAGAUCACACCAUGUACGGUAGUGGUGCUAGUGGACCGGGGAUUUGGCAGAGGUGGAAGGUGUGGCGGCACGCAGAGAGUGUGCGUGGUGUUCGUUGGAGGGGUUGAUGAUCGAAAGGCUUUGGAGUUGGGUGAGAGGAUGGCGGAGAAUCCUAGCGUCGAGGUCACCAUUGUGAGGUUUGUUCUCGCCAAUAUGAGCUCUGAGAGGAUCUCGGAAGUGGAUGAAGCUGUGGUAGCAAAGAUUCAUGCGGGGACGAUGAAGUACAUCGAGAAGGAGGUAAAGAACAUUGUCGAAGAGGUCGUGGCAAUAGGGCAGCGUGGGGAGUACGAGCUAGUGGUGGUUGGAAAGAGCAGUGGGGGACGGCUUGCGAGCACCGCCAUCCAAGGAGUUGAGCAUGAGAAUAUUGAGGAUGGGAAGUUGGGGGUAAUAGGAGGGGUGUUGGCAUCAUCAGAGAAGGGCAUUGUGUCCUCAGUGCUAGUGAUCCAACAGUGUGUCGUCGCCUCUACUGACGAGGAGCUUGAACCAGAAGUUAUUCACAAAGCCAAUAAAGUUGAUGAUGAGGAUGAAGUUGCAAUCACGACUAUGGAAUCCACCGUAUGA